AGCACCACCAGGCACCAACCACUCCACCACACACUCACACAGUCAGGCGCAGCCCAUAAACCCAACCACAGCCUUCCCGGUGGUACGGGCCAUCCAGCGGCCCAGAUCGCGCCACGGAUGCUCCCCCGCCGCCUGCUCCUCCGCCUCGGGCCCCACCGCCUGCUCCUGGGCCCCCCCGCCGCGGCGCCCCUCCCCCGCCGCCGCGCCAUCGCCGUCGUCCGGGCCAUGUCCUCCGCCUCCCCCGCGCCAGCCCAGCGUUCCAGGCGGCCGCUGCGCGGGGUGGUCUUCGACAUGGACGGCACCCUCACGGUGCCCGUCAUCGACUUCCAGGCCAUGUACCGCGAGGUGCUCGGCGGGGACGCGGCCUACGCCGCGGCCCGCGCGGCCGGGGGAGGCUCCGUAGACAUCCUCCACUGCAUCGAGAACUGGGCGCCCGACAAGCAGCGCCACGCUUACGAGGUCAUCGCGCGCUUCGAGAAAGAGGGGCUCGACCGCCUCCAGAUCAUGCCCGGGGCGUCAGAGCUAUGCGGGUUCCUGGACACGAAGCAGAUCAGAAGAGGUUUGAUCACCCGUAAUGUGAAGGAUGCAGUUGAUUUGUUUCACCAAAGAUUUGGUAUGACGUUUGCUCCUGCACUGAGCAGAGAAUUUCGUCCCUAUAAGCCAGAUCCAGCUCCAUUGCUUCACAUUUGCUCCACUUGGAACAUUCCACCACAUGAAGUGAUCAUGGUUGGUGACAGUCUCAAGGAUGAUGUUGUUUGUGGAAAGAGAGCAGGAGCUUUUACUUGCUUGCUCGAUGAAACGGGGCAAUAUGGGCCGCAUGAUUCUUUGCCUGAGGAAGUUAAACCUGACUUCAAGGUCUCUUCACUUACCGAAGUGUUCACCGUGCUAGAAGAGAAUUUUGAUUUGGCAACAGUGCCUGCUGAGAGUAGAAUAUGACAGGAAAAAGUUCUAAACUACCUGUGGUCUAACGUGAAAACGGCACACAGCACCUUGAAUAAUCUGGAUGAGAGGCGUUUCAAGUGUCACAAGCCCUGCUGCAGCCAGAAAGACGAUUGCUGCCACAAAAGUGGAUUCUCUUUGAAACAAUUGUGUUGUAAAUCCAUACAAUGGUUGUAGAGCACUAAAUCAGCUCUUGUGAUUUUGGGAGCAGAAGGGCCAUGAAUAUCUGGGGCAUUCAAAUAUAACCAUUCAAACUUCCAUGCGUGCCAUUUGUUCAA